AUGACCCAAGCUGAUGAGUUCGACCCUGCUCAUGCAGAUCGCGUCACUGUACUCCAUGUCAACUUCACCAGCACGCGCAUCCUUACAGCAUCUGCAGAUCAUCGCAUCAAAGUAUGGGAGAGGGACGCGGAAAGCGGAGAGCAAAUAUUGACGGACACAUGGACGGCACAUGAUGCUGAUAUAAGAGACGCAAAAUGGCUGCAUCCAACCACAGGCUCCAACAUUGCUUCGAUUGGCAAUGACCUGAAAUUCAAACUAUGGACUGAAGAUCCUUCGCAGCCACCUAAUAGUGGUCGUCGCUUCCGGCCCAUCUCUAACAUUCCCUCCAACACAAAAGUUCCCUUCGUUUCACUCGAUAUCAAGAAACUCGACUCAGUCUACACGUACCUUGCUUUGAUCGAUCGCUCAGGACUGCUUUCGAUCUACGAGCCUACCAGCUUCGACAGUUUUAAGGACUGGUCCUUGCUCGAUCAAUGGAAUGUCUGCGCCCCAAAUCCUCCAGACCGCGGCGCCGAGACAUCGUUCAAGGUCCGCUUUGACCAGAAUCCCGUCAGCACGCCCUAUAUGAAUAGCUUGACAGAUGACAAGAAAAUGCUUUCACUGAUCGCAACAGCAAUGGACACGGUUAAAAUUUACCGGAGCACAAUUGUCCAGUACGAUUUCAACGGCACACCCGGCGCAAUUCCUUCAGCCGGACAGGAUCGCACAACAUUUUUCGAAGCUGCCCGCUUCCCAACACACCCGGCAUUGAUCCGCGACGCUCAAUGGGCCCCUUUCAACGUGCGUGGUUUCGAUCUUUUUGCAACAGCCUGCCGCGACGGCGGAGUCCGAAUAUACAAACUAGACACUACAGCCGGCUCCAAUACUACAACCAAUAAAACCGACAAUGAGGCGGUAUCGACUCUCUCGUCAAACAAUACCCGGCAAACAUCAACAGCUCCCAUUCUCCACCACCGCCCAGGCCCGCAAUCCAGUCUCACAUCCGCCAUUGUCGGCCGCUCGGCCACAACAUCCACAUCUUCAACGCUGUAUCCGUCAUCAACAGCAACCACACCAUCAACCACCAACUUUGCACGCGAUCAGCCUCGUUUCGCCUUCCUCUCCCCAUUCACACACACCAUAACAACCGAGUCCGAACUACUCAACGCCCACCGCGACACAUGGGCAUUGUGCUGGGAUCCUGCGGGACAGGUGCUGAUGUCCAGCGGGAGCGAUGGGGUGACCAAACUGUGGAAGAAAGCUGUAAUGGGCACUGGCUGGAUGCUAUUUGCUGAUCAGGAGGUCAGCGUGGAUGAGAGUGAGGAGGAGGAGGUGGAGGCGGGGGAGAAAGGGAACGGUUAA